AUCGAAUCAUGUUCAGGGUCUCUGCUGCCUUGCGUUGUGCUACUUCUGCUCUGAAGAAAUCCACUGCUCCCUCACUGGUCGUCAAACGUAGUAUUGCUUAUGACUCGUACAAUGUCCCUGUUGCCGGUCUUUCUGAAGAACUUUCCGAGCUUCGCGAAUCAGUCCACGAGUUUGCACAGCGUGAGCUUGCUCCCCUUGCUGAACAGAUUGACAAAUCCAACAACUUUCCCAUGGAUAUGUGGCGCAAGCUUGGUGAUAUGGGCCUUCUUGGUAUUACUGCUCCUGAGGAGUAUGGCGGUCAAGGAAUGGGUUAUCUUGCUCAUACCGUUGCUAUGGAAGAACUCAGUCGUGCAUCUGGAUCUGUUGCUCUCAGCUAUGGUGCUCACUCCAAUCUGUGUGUCAACCAGAUCGUGCGCAAUGGCAACAAGGCUCAAAAGGAAAAGUAUCUUCCCAAGCUGAUCUCUGGUGAGCACGUUGGUGCUCUUGCCAUGAGCGAGGCUGGAUCGGGAUCGGAUGUCGUAUCCAUGAAACUGCGUGCUGAAAAGAAGGGCGAUCGUUACAUUCUCAACGGUACCAAAUUUUGGAUUACAAACGGUCCCGAUGCUAACGUGUUGGUUGUGUAUGCAAAGACUGAUAUCAACUCUGGACCAAAGGGAAUCACUGCCUUUUUGAUUGAAAAGGGAUUCAAGGGUUUUACAACUUCUCCUAAGCUAGACAAGCUUGGUAUGCGUGGAUCAAACACAUGUGAACUGGUGUUUGACAACUGCGAAGUUCCAGCUGAAAAUGUUUUGGGUGAAGUUGGCAAGGGAGUAUAUGUUCUCAUGAGCGGUCUUGAUCUCGAGCGACUUGUUUUAUCUGGUGGUCCUCUUGGUUUGAUGCAGGCUGCCCUUGAUGUGACUGUCCCGUAUGUUCACGACCGUACUCAGUUUGGUCAAAAAAUCGGUGAAUUCCAACUUUUGCAAGCCAAGCUUGCCGAUAUGUAUACCAAACUCAGUGCAUCUCGCUCAUACGUGUACGCUGUUGGUCGAGCAUGCGAUCUUGGCCAUUAUAGCAGCAAAGACUGUGCAGGAGCCAUUCUUUACUCUGCAGAGCGGGCUACCGAAUGUGCACUCGAUGCUAUCCAGUGUCUUGGUGGAAAUGGAUUUAUCAAUGAUUAUCCCACUGGAAGAUUGCUGCGUGAUGCCAAACUAUACGAGAUUGGAGCAGGCACCAGUGAGAUCCGUCGCAUGUUGAUUGGUCGUGAGUUUAACAAGAACUUUAAAUAAACGAUCAAACUGCCAAUGG